UGACUGCUUGCUGCCAAACUCUGUCCUGUUUUGUAACAGCACUCUUCCUUUACCUCAUUUAACCCUUGGUCACACUCUCACUCUCACCACCAUUUAACUCUCACUUGUUUCACCUUUUCUGGAAACAACUAUAUCUGAAUAUCCACUCACCCUUUUACCCUUCAGACACAGAACAAAUGAUACCAUUCCAUUUCCACCAAUUACUAGGAUUCCUUCUUAUAUACCUCAACCAAACUAAACUAAACUAAACACUCAGUUCAGUUCCUUCUUUCACUCCCUUGAAUUCUGAUCCUUUCUCUCUAAACCCUAAAUAUUCUUUCUCUUAUAUCUCACUCCACAUGUUUCUACCCUUUCCAGCAACAAAUCAACUCAACUCAUGCCCACAGACAUUUAAUCUCUCUUUCUCUGCAAUCUGCAUCAUAUCGUAUAACCUACAUAUAUUAUAUGUUUGUUUAAUAGUUAUUAACACUGUCCCUUUUUUUAUAAGAAUAGUCGCGUCUUUCGUUUUUUUCUAGCUAAUAAACCCUAGUCUUUGCUGCAUAUUCAUAAAAAAUGAUCUAUCUAUCUUACUCUUAGAAAGAUCUAAAACCAGAUCCAAAGCAACAAGGGUUUAUAGAUAAAUAAAAAGAGAAAGAAGAGAACAGAAAAAUAUUUCUUCACCAUGGAUUUGGUUUCAUCAGGAUCAACAAACCAGAGUGUAGAGAGUCCAACAAGUGGAUCUUCAAUGACCAACAAUAGCACUGGAAGUGGAAGUUCAACAUCAACUCCAACUUCAAGCCGUUAUGAAAACCAAAAGAGAAGAGACUGGAACACAUUCUGUCAGUAUCUCAGAAACCACCGUCCACCACUCUCAUUAGCCCUAUGCAGUGGUUCUCAUGUCCUUGAGUUUCUGAACUAUCUUGACCAGUUUGGGAAAACCAAAGUUCACAACCAUCCUUGUCCUUUCUUUGGCAUCCCUAAUCCACCAGCUCCUUGUCCAUGUCCUCUUCGUCAAGCGUGGGGUAGUCUCGACGCUCUCAUCGGUCGCCUUCGUGCUGCUUACGAAGAGAACGGUGGUCGGCCUGAGACUAACCCUUUUGGUUCUCGUUCUGUUAGGAUUUAUUUAAGGGACGUUCGUGAUUUUCAAGCAAAAUCUAGAGGGGUUAGCUAUGAAAAGAAAAGGAAGAGGCCUAAACCUAAGGUAUCUGCAACAACUUCUAGUGCUACUUAAGACCUCAAUAUUCGAAGGAGCUAGCAUGAAAAAUUAUUAACUGGUGUUUUUUGUGUCUAAGAAGAGACGUUCCAUGGUGGUGAAGAUUAUUGUUGAGAUGGGUUUGGAGUUAAUAAUUUGCAGUACUUUAUGAGUUAAGGUAAAGUAGAUCGAUGGUGGAAAUUUGAAGUACUGAUUUAGGUCUCUCUAGCUAGCUGCACCGACAUGUGUAUGUUCUGAUCAUAAGAUUCAUUCAUAAUCAUAACUACAACUAGUAGUAGAAGAAGAAGAAAAUGGUUAUGAUUUAAUUCUUGUACUGAAUCUUGUAAGAAGAAAAUGGUUAUGAUUUAAUUCUUGUACUGAAUCUUGUACGAAACAUUAGUGUAUUUGUGAAGCAUACGCUUUAUUAUAGUCUAUAUUAUUUCAAUUUUCGUCGGAUUACUGUUAAUAUAAUUGGUGGAUAUUGAAUAUGCUUGGCCAA